AUGGGCCUCGCCCCUGUGUUCCUGGGCAAGGCGGCCGCCCUCAAAGACCCGGUCGAGCAGCUGAAGCUGGCCACCUGCUGGUUCAUCUCACACCAAAUCACCUUCAUCGAGAUGGAAAAGCCGUUCAACCCCAUUCUCGGCGAGACUUUCCAGGGGUGGAUCCAUGGCUGCCCGAUCUACAUGGAGCAGAUCAGCCACCACCCGCCCAUCCACAGUCUGCUGAUGCUCGGCGAGGGCUGGAAAAUCGAGUCCACUCUGGAGGCCACCAUCCAGCUAAAGCUCAACUCGGGGGCAGGCACGUUCGUGGGCAACACGGUCGUUAAAUUCCUGGAGUCAGGAACUGAAGUGACCAUCCGCGGCAACUCGGGCGAACUGUCGGGACUGACUUUUGGCACUCGCAAGUUUAAUUUCGUGGGGGCGACGAGGGUGUUCGACCGGCGCAACCGGCUGGCUCUGUUCAUCCGGCACAACCCCGACGAAAAGGGCUUCUUUUCCUGGGGCAAGCAAAAGACCCCUGAGGACUACCUGCAGGGGAACAUCGUCAGAGCCAAGCAAAGCUACUUCUCGGCCUUGGACCAGAACUACAACAUCGGUGCACCUGAAGAGGCCGACAUUGAUGAGAUCCUCGGUGAGAUGACUGGUGAGUGGCCCACCUACUUGAAAUUCGACAAGACCAUGUACUACGAGGUGGACAAGGAGGUUCCUUACGCCUUGGACUACGAGAAAUACCCCCUGCCUUCUGACUGCAACUACCGGGAGGAUGUGAUCUACCGCCGGCUGAGAGACACCGUCAGGUCGCAGCAGGAGAAGGAACGGCUAGAAGAAAUCCAGCGGGGCGACAGGAAAUUGCGGGCCGCCCAUGGCCCGCCAAAAAGCAUUGACUUUUGA